ACCGUGGAGGAAAUACGAAUCAGUUGUUUCGUUAAACAACAUUCUUGUUGUGAGUGGUCAACACACACGAUCCACCAACAGUACAGUUUGGAGCAUUCGUAGUUAACAUUGUAUGACGUCACGUGUGUCAAUGUGAGAUUCCCCUACUCAUGAAGUCCGUAUUUAUAACACUAGACGUCGUAGUCCUUUGGGUGGCUGUUGUCGUACAGGGAGACGGACAUGAAUUGGCUAAUAUGACGUGGUACCAAGCCACCAAGGCUUGUAGAAAACGUGGAGGAGAACUUUACCAUUCUGCUGACAAGUCACACGUGGCUCGGUUCCUCGACAGGAACUCCGGAAAACACUGGAUCGGAGCUAAAGUGAUGUACUCUUCCUGGACAUGGACAGAGGAUCGGAGAACGCUGUUCAAAUACGAGGGAUAUCGAAAUGUAACAGAGGAGGACAGAUAUGCGAAUAUAUUUUUGUACAGGAACCAAGCGGUCCGAUGCUACACGGAAUGUAAUACGACAUAUAUUGGCUUACAGGGAAUUAAUUGUUUUUGUGUUCGGUCAGCUAAACUCUCAUCAGAGACUGCUGCGCAGGACCGGUGCUGGGGAAACUCUCAGGAAUACUGCGGUACCGCGCACGGAAUGAGUGUUUACAAAGUCGACCUUUUUAAAGAUGACUCCGUGCAAUGGACAUUUGGUUUGAAGGAUCUAUGUGGAUAUGUCAACUCAAAUGAGGUCAUUUAUGAAGGCUCCGUGACCGCCUACAUCAUGGAAAUCAAAACGGAGAAACUGUGUCAAGCAAAGAAAUAUGGACGUAUUUGUACAUGCAAAGAUCCCGAUGGUUGUGCAUGUAAGGCUUAUGACACGGAUACAGGUGACUGGAGUGCAGCCAAUCAAAGUUGUUCUCUUCUGAAAAUCGAACAUACGAUAGCCUGCGACAUCGAUGAGGAACAGCCAUACUGGAUUGGUUUGAGUCGCUAUCGAUACAUCGGCUGGGUUGAGCGUGGUGGGAGUAUCGAUGUCCCUGAUACGGGUAGAAGUGGCUGUGUGUGGGCUGAACGACUUAGAAAUGACACCGUGGUGUUUGGUAUCAAGGGAUGUAGUUCACAAUACAAGCCUCUCUGCACUGAAGAUGCCAUCUCCAACAAAAUACCAAACACAAAGACUCAGCCUGAUGGAGCCGUCAUUGGCGGAAGUGUCGCUGCCGCAGUUGUCGUGAUCUUGGUGUUAGUUCUGUUGGCUAUGAUUUGGAUGAAAAGGACAAAACGUGUUUGCUUUAAAGACAAAUCACCUGACCCUGAUAGCCGCCACGUGACUUCAAGUCAGAAUGUCUACGAAGUGUCUGACGACCACCAUGUCGAGUCUGAUUACUGCGAUAUUAACGACCGACCUGGUCAGACAGAGGCCGACUCUCUAGUCAAUAGGAAUGGAAGACAACACUACGAAUUCGAACCAGAAGCACAACUUGGAGUAUCUGGAGCGAAAGACGAACCGUAUGAAUUAGCUAUAGAUCCCAGGAAAGUGAAUGCAGACGGUGACGGUGAUUAUAAUGAGUUACACGACAGCAGCCACAACAAAGGUCAACAGUGGAGCGGUACUGGCACGUACAGUCACAUCCACGGUCGAGAUGGUUGUGGAAGUUAUGACACGUACGACAGAACCAACUCCGUGAAGGACAUUCCUCCGCUUGACGCAACGUACAGUCAUAUUCACAGUAAUCGUGGAGUUGAUGACGCAGACACAUAUGACAGGACAACACCAGUUGAAGUAGCCCCUGCCCUUGACACGACAUACAGCCACGUGGUUCCCAGUACACUGGGUAAUGAAUGACGAGUGAUAUUCAGUGUCUCUCCACGAGUACUCGAGUACCCGUGCAAGGACGAGCACUCUCAUUUAAUUAUAUUUUUUUUAAAACGUCAUUUUGCCAUAUGCUUGCCGCCGGUUACAUUAUGACACACAGUAGUCCAUGAGCCAGGCAAAAAUUGACUACCAAAAAUGGGACUAAAAGCCAGUAUGGUUUUCAGUUAGCCUAAUGUUUGAACUGUAUGGAAAUAUGUGAUGGAUAUUUCAGAAGCUCAGCUAAAUAUGAAAAUGGCGGCCAUUUUUCAAAAUGGCGUCAACUGUAUUUAACAUAUAUCGGUAAUUAGCUUCUUCUUCAAAACUGGCUGUGGUUAGCAUAAUCAGUUGAUUGAAUACUGUCCAGUAUUGUAUUCUGAAUGUUCUAAUGUAUAUUUUAUAGCAUUGUUUUUAUAUAUUUAAAAGUAUUUGAGAAAAUACGAAGGAAAAAAAAAAGCAAAAAAAAGUAUCUGUUUUGUUUAUCACUCUGAUUGCAAAAGAAC